UUUGUCCCUCCGCGGCUUCGGUAGAAUCACUUCCGGUAGAUCAACUCAGCAGAACAGUGUAAGCGGUUUCUGUGAAGGUCGUGAGUCCAAACUGUUAUCCACCAUGUCUCUGCCAAAGCCUGUGAUGAGGGGGCUCCUGGGGAAGCGUCUGAGGUUUCACCUGCCCAUUGCUUUCACUCUGUCCCUCAUAUCUGCGGUGGCUUUCAAGUACGGAGUGACAGAGCCCAGGAAACAGGCCUACGCUGACUUCUACAAGCAGUACGACUCUGUCAAAGAGUUCAACACCAUGAGGGAUGCUGGCAUCUUCGAGAGCGUGCGGCCGUCUGGGGAGUAAACCAGCAGUGAGUCUUUACAUCAAUGGGCUUUCAUUACCAGACGCUCUUCUUCUUAUGAUUCAUUCCUGCUCUGAGGAUGAAACUCCCUCUCGCCCCCUGGAUGUACUUCACAUCACUAUGCUGUUUUGUUCCUCUAAAUAAAAUAUUCUAUUAAUGUUA